CUCUACGGCCCCGUCCCGGACCGCGGGUACGCGACGUGGUACGCGGUCGCCAUGGAAUGACCUCUGAAUCCUUCCGGAAGGAGGUUGCUGAGCGCUUAGAUGCUGUGGUGAAGUCGCUGGAGCCGCGCGCUUCUGUGGCCUUCCCAAGCUGUUUGUCGGCGGAGGAACGGAAGUAUGUGCACCACCUGGCGGAGCAGUUUGGCCUCAAACAUGAGUCCAAGGGCCGUGGCGAUGCGCGGUUCAUCUCGGUGAGCAAAGACCCUGGAAAGGUGCGGGAGUCACUGGCGCUAGGAGGUCCCUCGGCUGUCCUGGCCGCGGGCGGCGUUGGAGACUCUCGAACAUCCCCUGGUCGAGCACGCGGCCGAAGGCGAUAACACAGAGGUGGCGGCCGCCUCGGCGCCCUUGGUGGCCGUCUCGCCACGCUCCAUUGACCGGCUGCUCGAGAGCAGUGGCGCUUCGGGGCCUGGUGAGCCUCGUGGACCCGAGCCUGGUGGCCCUCCCCUAGGUCCUCCACCCACAGAGUUACUCCAAAUCCGGCAGGCCUUACCGGCAUGGCAGUGCCGGGAGAAGAUCUUGCAGGCGGUCCAGCAGUCGCAGGUGACAUUGGUCAUUGGCGAGACGGGCUGCGGCAAGUCCACGCAGGUGCCACAAUUCCUUCUGGAGGCGUUGCCAGGUGCAAACAUUGUGGUGACGCAGCCGCGAAGAAUUUCGGAUUUGUGGAGCUUCUUGAGGAGAGGCGUUUAGAUGAGGACAUCUUGCAGUCUUGCGACCCAAACAAGUUCAUCUUACUUGAAUGGCCUUCCCAAUCACCGUUUGCAAUGAAGCGCACUGGCAAAUGAAGCGCAGGUGGAUCGUCUUGUUGCCUGAGCAGUGGCUGGGCCGAGCCCAUGAGAGUACGCGAAGAAGUCUUUAACCAGCUUGAACAGGUUUGGAAGGAUUUCAUUGGCGUGCUUCUUAGCCGCCGCAGCACACAGUUGCAGGUCAAAAGUUACACGCCUCAGCUUCUCAUCGCGGUUGGUUGACUCAGGUACCCGCGGUGUCAGAAGUAACCGGGCAGGACAUUUUUAUCACCAAGAAUUUUUUGAAUCAUUUGUUUUCGAGAGCAUGUUAAGUUUUCAAUGGAUACUCGUCAAACCCUUUGGGUUCGCAAAGAUGGCUGGUUUGGGGAAAUGGCCCAUGGCUCUAAGUGUAUGAGACCUUUGACGUUGUGGAAUCAAGAAGUGAGGGCUGAACCCAUCAUACUCCCCAAAGAGCCAGCGAAGAGGGUGAGAUACAGCAUCUAGGGAUAGGAUGAUAGGGCACCUCUGGACUCCAGGCAAGCGCAUGGUGGUGAACAGCGACGAUUUCUUCAGACUCGGAGGAUUUUCACAUUCGAUCGAAAGCUGAGGCCUUGUCCUUGGCUCAUCGGGUUGCACAGGAGCGAGGGGAGACAGUGGGAGAUGUGGUAGGCUAUUCCGUUCACUUGGAGCAUCAACGCUCGGCCCGGACGCGGCUGCACUUCUGCACGGCGGGCGUCUUCCGGCGCCGAGUGCUGGAAGACCCGGAGCUGACGAAGGUGACUCACUUGGUCAUGGACGAGCUCCAUGAGAGAGACAAGGUGCUCCCCCAGCCUGUGGCCUUGGCCGUGUGUUGCGUGAUGCGAUGGGGAGAGUCUGUAGGGUCGUGACGGUGCUUCGCAUCUUGCGUAAAUAAUUAUGUCACUGUACGUCAUCGUUGUCGCAUUUGGCGCGGCCAUAAUUGUCAUAUCAUAUUUUCUGGCUUUGCAAGGUUCCGUAGGCGCGUCUUCUCCAAGAAUCCAUUUCUUCCUCGGAGUCACUUCAGUUCCCCCGGAAGCUGCCCAUGUGGCUGGAAUCGUUGUAAGGGCCUUCUCCUGCGGCGUUUAAAGCUGGAAUGGAAUCCUCCACAUCCUGGACGGUGGACUAAGUCAGCAUUCCAAAGCUCUGACUCUAGUUUCAGCCACAGAAAACAUGAUUGAAGACGUUGCUUUCCUCCUUUCUUGGGGGCAGAGAGCUCCUUAGUUGCUUCGCAUUGGGGCAGUUGAUGCUUCUUCUGGCUCAAAGCUUGGCAUGAUGUUAUCAGG